CUCUUCUCUCUCCUAAUCCUGACCCUUCUUCUUCAACAAAUAUCUUUAUAUAUAUAUAUAUAUAUUUUUAGAAUCACAGUUUCUAUCAGUUUCAGAAUUAAUAAUCUUUCUUUUCUAGAUCUUGAUCUUCUCUGUUACAAUAUAACAUAAAUUAUUCAUUCAUUUCUUAUUCUCGAGCCUAAGUAGGAAGAACGAGAAACAAUGCAAGCAACCCAUCCAGUCACUAUCUCAGUUGCAGAUGAUCCAACAAAGGCUAAUCUGGAAAGCAGUCCCACAAAUGAAGUUGUAAAUUCAGAACCAAGAGUGAGGUGCUCAGAUCUCUCCCUUCAAAUACCUCCUAGGCCCUCAGGCUUUGGCAGUAGCCGUAGUGGAAAGGGAUUACUCCACUCUCAAGGUGGGUCUUCAUCAGGAGGCUUUCUUCGGGCUUUAAGCUUCAAGAAGAAAGUUACUGCACCUGACGGUGAGAAAACCUCUCUCCUCAAUUCGGAUCCCGAAAGCCCAGUUUUGGCCAAUUUAGUGUCCGCUUGGAAAAGAUGUACUUCUCUUCCAGUGUCGCCUGCCUCAAAAUUGUCCCCUUCAGCUACCACGCCUGCUUCAGCAAGGACAUAUGGUGAAAGGCAGAAGUCACAUAUAGGGGCUGUUCAAGCUACCGUUUCGAGGUCCCUCUCUAUUCCUGGGAGAAAUAUUGUUAUUGUAAGAUCGGUGUCUUUUGCUACACGUAAAGAGCCUGUUCAAAGUACAGAUCCUAAUGAUGAAUCAGAUCAAAUAACUCCUGCUCCAACGGAAGAUGAUGAUGAAGAGAUUCCUGAAGAGGAAGCAAUAUGCAGGAUCUGUUACGAAGCUUGUGAAGAAGAAAAUACACUCAAGAUGGAAUGUAGUUGCAAAGGUGCUCUCAGACUUAUACAUGAAGCAUGUGCAAUUAAGUGGUUUAGCCAAAGAGGAAACAAGAUUUGCGAGGUCUGUGGGAAAGAGGUUUUGAACUUACCAGUGACAUUGCUUCGUUUGUCGAGUUCCACUCAAAGAGAUAACAGGCAGGAGCGCAAUCAACAGAUUUUGAAUUCGCGAUCAGUAAGUGCCUGGCAAGACUUUGUGGUGCUUGUUUUAAUUAGCACAAUAUGCUAUUUUUUCUUCCUUGAGCAGCUACUGCUUACCAUUCUAAUACAGUGGCUCACGGUAUAUAUGCCCAAGUCCCUCCUCGUCCAGAUCCGAUGUGGGACAAGAAUCACACCCUCGUUGUGGUCGAACCACCCUGCUUACCCAGGGCUGACCCGGGCACCUCCCAACCAAGCGUUUAGCGUGUCACCGGAUCGAUCGUUGAUACCAAUUGUAACGGGUCGGGCACUUGCCAACCGACCUAAAAGCUUAAGUUGUUGGGUGGUGCUGCCUACUCUCUCAUAUAUGCCCAAGUCUCUCCCCAUCUGGAUCCGAUAUGGGACAAGAAUCUCUAACACUUACUAUCAUACAUGCAAAAAAACAAUAGCUCCAAAAAUAUUUGUUCAAGCUGUCUUUGUCAUUUUUCACUAAUUAGUACCCAUCUUGCUUCACUUUCAAAUCCAUUUUUACUAACACACAAAUGACUCUGAUCUUUGGUAUGUUUCAAAGCGGCUGUCUCAGACAACCAAUCAGAGCUCAGACCCCACAUGACCAAGCGUCAGCUUCUUUGAUGCGUCAUAGUGGGCAAGUCUUCUCAUAAGAUCCUCCAUGGAGUAAUACAAAGGAUGUAGAAUCAGGACCACCUUAGUUCAACUGUUCAGCUAAGAGCACUUCAGUUUGCUUGGAUCAAAAAGUUGCAUGAGCAUCCUAGUGAUCACUUAAAUGGCUAUUUCACUGUGCUUCCAUUAUCAUGAUCUAGUAGCCAUUUUGAUAUGAUUAGGGACAUAAAAAUAUCAGAAUGUGAGCGGCUAUGAAGCAUGGAUUCUUCUAGAAGGAAACUAUAGGAUAUAUUGUUUGUAUUGGACAUUGAUACUUGGAUAUUUGUGAAUACGCGUCUUUCUAAGAAUUUUAUAACCUGAAAAUAAAGUUUUUAAUUUCAAACACGGAUCCACUAUUUAAAAAGUUCAUAUGUCCGAAAAAGAGAUUUGGCGUUUCUAGUAUAUCAUCAUGCUAUAAGGUAUAAUUGUGAUAAACUCAACAAAAAAUAAAGUAUAGUUGUUAAGAAAAACAAUAAAACAGAGUUCAAAUGGUGGAUUGUUUUUCGUAGACAAGAAGAAUUGAGAUAUAAUUAGGGUAAAUCAUGUCAGUUUGGUCCAAGUACGUCCAUGCAACAUAAGUUUCAUUUUUCUUAUGGGAUUUUAGGCACAUCAAACAUUUGAUAGACUGGUAAAAAAUGAGGGUUUGUUGCAAUAUUUGUAAAUAACGUGACAAACAAUUACUUUCAAAUUUUUAUAUGUACAAUAUACAUAUGUAGUUACAUACAUACAUCUGUACUGCCAUGCUAGUUGCAUCCACAUCAUUUUUUUUUAUGUCAUAUUGAUGCAUCCAUCCAUAACUUCUUGUAUUUGUAUCCCAUAUUCCCACCAGGGGCGGAGGGCUCCGCCCCUGAUUCCCACAUCCAUAUCUAUGCUUCAUAGGCUAAUUCAGAAUUCAUAUACUUUUGAGUAGAGGUGACAGAAAUAGUACCAAUUCAGAAUUUUAAUUUACAUGUUUAUACAUUGAUAUCGGACACGGCAGUGCCAAAUUUACACCUUCCU